CAGGACAGUCAAUCUACGUACCUCUUUGGUAAACGAUUCAAAAACCGGCUGUUUGUGGGGGGAUUACCAGUGGACGUAAGUCAAUACUCUGCUUUUUUUAAUGGUCGAUUUUAUAUUUUAACGCCUAAAAAGGUGGAUUUGGCGUGCCUGAGAUGUGAGAGUCAUGAAGAUGCUAGAGUAGUUGCCACUUAAAAACCACGGGAGGCCAAAAUGGUGACCAGUGAUCGCAUUUGCUGAAAGUGGAGAAAUCCCCCGCGUUUCGACUGUUAUGUCCAAAGUGUUUGCGAGUUUACACAAUUGCUAUAUUUGAAGAAGUAUUUCUAAAAAUUUUGUUUGAUUUUACGUAGUUUUGCUGUCCUUUCGCAAACAAGACUGCUUGUUUUGAUUUGGGUCUGUUACGCGCGCGCUUGCUGGAUCUCAAGAAAACAGCUUUAAAGAUAUCGAAAGAAACGAAUACCCUUUCAAAUCGCUUAAAACCGAAGUUGCUUCUUGUUUAGGGUCGAUAGAGGUAUCAUGAACUGUGAAAAUUUUUAAAAAUCCCUUUGAAUUUGGGGAUAAAAUUUAGCCCGCGUCGAUUGCUGUAAAAAUAUUUAAGUUUCAAUCCUCUUGCAUGAAGUGAUUUGCUUCCGGUUGGUCGUCUUAAUAAUUUUUUUGUGGGAUUGAGAUUGUCAUUAUCGUUAUCCCAACAAUUUUUGAAUUACCAAUGUAAAAUAAACCUUGUUGCCGGCGAAAUCUUUUGUCAUCUUAGUCUUCGGCGAUAAGCCAUUAUUGUAAUUAUGCAUCAGAAAGCGCGCCAAUAUUGGCGCGCUCUAAUUAUUCGCUACAUCCGAAAGUGCUCUUGGGAAUGUAAAAUGGCGGGCGCAAAGAGCGGUCUGCAUGAAGUUGGAUGGGAACAAAUUGGAUUUAAAGACAAAGACUGUUCAUACGACAUCAUGUCUUUCAUUAUGGAGUAGAAAAUUGUUUUGUUGUUCUUUUUUAGAAGUGAAAGUACUCGUGGCCGCAUCCUGAUUUACCAAAAUGUAUUUUUUUUUGCAGACAACAGCGCAAGAGCUCGCAGAGUUCUUUUCGCAUUUUAGCGUGGUUAUAGAGGCAAAAGUCAUCUUUGACGAACAUCAAAUCCCAAAAGGGUAAGAGAGAUCAGUCAGUAAAUAAUUUGUCUAAAACUUUGACACACAACUCUACAGCCCAUUGAUAAAGGCCCAAAAAAUUGCCACAGAAGCCAGGAGAAGGUAACAAAUCUCACCAACGUAUCAUAUAAAUUUAAACUUACGUACUUUAGACAGAAAAGAAUUCUCACCAGAAGAACAAAGUAGCACAGAAAAAAAGAAAUUAAGACUGAAUCCACCAGGAAAUUCUUCUUUACAUUUUUUAAGGUCUAAAGAGGUAAUUAGUCAUCUGCAAUAGGCCAUUUGCACUAAGAGGUCAUGUGACAUUGUUUUUAUGAAAAUGAAAGUUAUAUGAUUUUGCCUUCAAAAAAUGAUUAGCGGGUCAUAUCCUAAACAAAAUAAAAGUGAUUUGGGUUUUCAAACCUGCACCAUUGUCUUAAAAUGAGUAAGUUCGUAGCUGGUCACGUGACCAAAAUGUGAUUUUGAAAAUUACGAAUUACUUCUUUCUGAACACGAAUUUUGCAGUUAAACUUCAAGGAAAAUUUUGAAAAAAGGAUGUGGCAACGUUUACAGCACAUCUGAGUGUAACUAUCAAAAGUUUAACAAGAUGUAAGCAAAAAGUAGUUUUGGCCGCCAUGUUGGAGGGCAAGAGUAUGCCCUCCAACAUGGCGGCCAAUACAAAUCAUACUACAAACAACUUUUUAGUUUCACGGUAUUUUAUAGAGGGAAUUUACGAAAAGGUCUCAAAUUUUGGGUGUAACAUAAUUUUUAUGUGCUCUGUCAAUUUUUGGCAUCAGCAGGACUCCAACUAAUUGUUUAAGGGAAGUAUUGGUCACGUGACCUCUUAGUGCAAGUGGCCUAUUCAUCAGUCAAUUCCAGCUGUGCCCAGUGCCCCCCCUUCUCCCCCCCACCGGCAUUACUAAUUUUUUUUGCCUUGAUUGGCAAAUUCCCAGGGGUGAUGACUCCUGAGCUGUCAAAACCCGCGGGGUGGGGAUGAAAAAAGAGGGCAAAUGCCUCAUUCUCCAUCAACACUGCAACAUUUUUCAUUGAUCACACAGUCAAAUAGUGCCGUUUUAAACAUUUUCAUGUGCGAUUUUUCUUGCAAUUAACGUCUUCCCUUGUAAUAGCGCUAGGAUUCUAAUAAUUAUUAAGACUUCACGCUGUGAUGACAUGCACCAGUUUAUGGUGUUAGUAUUGCUAUAAAAAUAUUGUCAUUAAACAGCACUGUAAAGUUAUACGUUAUGAAUAGUUUUAUAAACAUGAAAGAAUGUUCUUCAAAUAAUAUCAACCGAAAUUUGAUUCAAUAACCAAUAAACUUGGCUUUGUAAUUCUGCCUUGAUAAGCAAUGAAGAAAUGCGUGCAAAAAAUAGAGAACAUGCCUUUACAACCCUCUUCAAUUUUUUCCUGUCCUUGACAGAUGAACCAAUCUGCUUUUUUUCCAGUAAAAUCUUCAGUGUAGUUAGAUUCUGAUAGGAAACUGCGUGCGUGUUAAAAGCUCAGGAAUGGCCCUAGGGUUGGCAAAUGCCCGGCCCCCGGGCAGUGCAAAAUUUGCAAAUGCCCCACCCUGGGGGGCUGGGCGCAGCUGGAAUUGACUGAUGCAUAAUAACACCAAAGAAAAUUUCUUUUGGGAGUCUGAGAAAAUGAACAUCAAAUUUCACAAGAAUUGUGAAAACACAGGUAUAAUAAUUCUAAAAAUUUCAUGUGUAAGAUAUAAUUUUGUGAAAUUUGACAUAAUUUCAUUUUCUCAGGCUCCCAUAAGGAAUUUCUUUGGUUUUUGUUACAGAUGACUAAAAACAUCUUUAGCCCUUGAAAAAUGUAAAAAAGAAUGCAAAAUGCGUUAAAUUAUUCUAGCACAAGGUUUUUGUCCACUGAGAAUUGAAAUUACUCAAUUUCCUGGUGGAUUCUGUCUUAAACACAAACAUAGGAGAUAAAGACUAGCACAGGAGGAAGGGCUCUUUCUUCAGCACCAAUUAUUGCCAACAAGCAGCCUUGCCAAGUGUGUUAAAAGGCAAUUCGUAUGGAUUUGUAAGUUACGCAUGAGAAAUUGUCUUUGAUUCACAAGAUCAACUUCUUCCUGUAGGACUGGUGGAUAGUCUGGUGAACAGAGGAAAAGAAUAACCUUAUACAAUGUUUAUUAUUCUACUGUUAUUCACCAAAUGUCUGUAUAGAGUCUGUUUAGUUCAUAGGAGAAACAGUAAUGCAUCAAUCAAUUCCACCUGCGCCCAGCCCUGACCCCCAGGCAUUAGCAUUUUUUUUGUCUUGGAUGGCAAAUUCCCGGGGGUGGGGACUCUUGAGCUGUCAAAUCUCCCGCGGUGGGGACGAAAAAAGAGGGCAAAUGCCCCAUCCUCCGUCAACACUGCAACAUUUUCAUUGAGUACACAGUCAAAUGUUGCCAUUUUAAGCAUUUUUCAUGUGAGAUUUUUUGUUUCAAUUAACGUCUUCCUUUGUAGUAGCAUUAGGAUUUUAUUCAAGCUUUCAUGCCGCGACAACAUGCGCCAAUUUAUGGUUUUGGUGUUGAUAUAAAAUUAUUGACAUUAAAAUUAAUAGACCUGUACGAAUAUUGCAGCGCUGUAGAGCGCCACAAAAUUGCUUAAAAAUAGCUGUACAGCUAAAUUAUUAGCAGCAUUUUAGAAGCCAAACAGCAGCUUAAUUCAAGUUGCAGCGGGAUGCAAAAGGGCUGUGCAGCCUUUGAAGCUCUCGGCAGCAGUUUUGCAGUGCAGUUGCCCACCUUCAAAUGCUGCGAAGGAGCUGCAGUAACUCUACAAUUCAGCUCUGUUGAUCUGAUAGCACAGCGUUCUUGAGCGCUCAUAACAUGAAUCUCCAGAAAAGCCUUGCCAAAGAUUAUGGCUUUUAUAACUAGAAAACUUUGACUGUACCUCUAAGAAAUGUGAGUAAGCUUGUGCACAGGGAAGAUCACUUAUUGAAUAAACCUCCAAAUUCUAUGCUUUGGUUAAAUUUCAUUCCGUGACUGGCCAUUGUGGGAAUGUUAUUGCUAAUUCCCUGGAGACAUUCUGCAGGUGGAAUUGACUGAUGCAUAAAUAGCCAGCUCUGCCGUAAGUAAUAGGCCUUUAUCUUUAUUUUACAGCUAUGGCUUUGUCACUUUUCAAACAGAAGAGGAUGUUCGUAAUGUCACAGAAAUGGUAGGGAAUUACUUAUGGUCUCUCACUGCAAACAUUACAGUGCGACAACUAUAACCGGGGCCACUUAGACAAAGUUGACCAAUCGGAUUACAAGAAAAUAACAAUACAUUCAUUACAGCUGGUUGUUGGCAGCUCGUAAGAAAAAACAAUAAGUUACCUGCAACACAAAAUUUAGUAUUGAUAGCAAACGUUAUUAGGGAAAGCAAAAUGUUUAGAAACUCCAGACGUUUUUCUGUUCGAAACUUUGCAUACAACACCCACGAGACAUAUUUCUUUGACACAAGCUGUGUUUUUUAUUUUGUCAUCUACAAGCAAUUUUUUUGCUCCUUUUUCCUUCCUUUCCGGUAACAUGCGACCGUAAGUCAAAAAUAUAACUAUCAUUUAUGCUUUUUGCCUCCGUCACCCACUCUAACAGACCUCUCUGGAAAUACAUGCUUUCUUCAGUGGGUUCAAAAGGUCAUGUCUGUAGGUUGGUUGAUUGCGGUGCAUGUUGUUUGUUUUUUUUCAUGGUAGUUAUGAUUGACUACUGACUUUCUCAGAAUGUAUUGUUAUUUUUUUUGUUUUGUUUAAUUAACCAAUUAUUGGUUAACUUUGUCUAGCUGGCCCUGGCUAUAAAUUUUUGUGGGAUUUUUUUUUUGGAUAUAGGUGAUAUUUUGUGUUUUGUGGGAAUUAAUUUUUACGAUUAUGAAUGAUUGUUUCUUUUGCUGGGAAUUAAUUAGUGCCCAGCAUUGACAAUAUUUUUAUUUUUAUUGAGUACAUGCAAUAAAUACAUAUUUUCAAACAAUAACAUGGUAGAACCAGUAUUUCUUUGUAUACCCCUUUGUUUUUGAAAGCAAGAGACAAGUUGUAAUUAAUUGAAGAGACGUGGUUUCUUAGUACUGUAUUUUUGUGCAGGGGAUUUAAGUCAGAGAAUAUAUUUUUCACGAAUUGUGUUUGCUGUUUGAUUUUUCUUCUUAGCGCAUAUGAUGAGCAAUUUAAAAUUCUCUGAGCCCUGUAUAAUGAAAGGGAUUUUUGCGUUCAAGGUACGAGAACGUAACCCCUGAUUUGUGAGCACGUGAAAUUGUUCUGAAAGAAAAGGUGCAUGUAGAAUUGAUUUUGUUUUCUCCAGACCUGUCACCCUUUUGAAUUUAUAUGAUCUUUGUUAAAUUUCACAGGGGACCCUCUUCUUACGUAAUAAGAAAUUGAAUUUAGGUCCUGCAGUUAAGAAGCAGGUAGGAUUUGCUUUUAUUUAAUAUUUCUAGUCUGGUUUGAAAGGAAAUGCAUGUGGGCUAUUUCAGUAAUUAAACAAGUCUUCUUGAGCACUUGAAAAGAAUUGACUUUUGUCCUUCGUGAUGUUUACUACAGUAUUUGUAUUAUGUUUAAGCUUACUACAGUCUAUUUAGGUACAUGCAUGCAAUUAUACAUUAUAACUGUUGACCAUUGUUGAACCAUCCUUAUAGUGUUUUUAGUGGUCACUUUUGUGUUUUGCUCAUAAAUGUUGAUUGCCAAUUCCAAUUGGUUGAAUUGGACUGCAUUUUGUAACUCAGCUUCUUUGAAUGGUUUGUUUAAAACUAACAGAUGUAAAUAUUUUUGCCCAAUUGUAAUUUUAUUAUUGUAUAUUACCAGAAACCCAUAAGGGGUUGAAACGUGUAACUCGCGUUCAAUGCUUGUGAAUAUUCAUUUUGACCAUAUUUGGAAAUCUUAGUGAUGGAUACCCAUUUUCAACAAAAUGGCCACUGCACAAUCACCAUGCAGAUGUUUAAGACAAGAGUUCUGCAUUUCAAGGUUAAAAAUACACCGUUAAAAGACAAAAAAUGGAAAGAGAAAGUUCAAAAGAAUGCUCAGCUUUCUUUUUGUGGAGAAAGGGAAGCCCAUGGUCUGUUUUGAAAUACAACCAAGUCAGCAAAGUUUUUGCGGAAUUUUCAGGUACAUUUUGCACUCUAUGGCCAAGACAAUUACGUUUUUGAAAGGGAAUUUAUGUAUUUUCAAAUGUUUCAUAGACGUUUUCAAAAUUUUUCUCUUCGGCGCUAAAGAAAAAUUACAAAAGUGCCCUGAUUUGAGAUGGAUUUUGUGUUGAAUUUUGCUAUGUGCUUAGCCGAUGUCACUUGCGUGAAUGGAUCCACGAUCCAGAUAGUGUUUUCCGAAUUGCUUUAAAGGAUUAACUUUUUGGACUUUGAAUAAAAAUUUUCAAGAAACGGCUUCUCUGUCUAUUGUUUUGAGUUUGUUCAUUCAUAAAAUUAGCUAAAAACACAAUCGUGACUACAACAUCUAAGUUUAAUUGACGUUUUUAAAAUGCUUCUCACAUUCAUUACAAGCAUCACUUUUUGCGAAGAUGUCGGGUUCAGGUUUUGGACACUUUCGAUACGCAGCUAAUGAAAUUUUUCACUGUUUAUUCUAGACUUUUUACAUAAGAAUUUUAAAAGCCUAUUUGUAGUAUAAGUUUACUGUGCAGAGGGUCAACGAGGCAUCGUUUUUUUGAAAGUGACAACUUCAAGAAGUUGCGAGGCCAUCAAUGGGUUUCAUAAUGUUACGUUUGGCCUGGGUGGUAAGGCAAUAAUAUCCUGCUCAGUGUUUCGGUAAUAUUCUUGGUUUCAGCCUUUGAAAGCUUUCUCGGCUUUCGGGAGUUUUUGCCCCGUUUGUCGGCCAUUUUUUUAAGCGGGCGCGGGAACCUGAAGGAAAAUUAUGUCGCGUUGUUUACGAAGUUUGAUUGGUCAGUUAUCUCUUCUUCUCAUUCCAAAUAUGGUACUUUCGAAAAUGAAUAAUCACGAGCAUCGGACGAAGCAAACAUAUGAGAGUUACACGUUUCAACCCCUUAUGAGUUUCUGAUAUUACGACAUAAUAGCCCCAUAUGGAGGAGUCGUAAUAAAGUGUAUGGUAUGUUAUGUUAUGUAAUGAAGUUGCUGUGGCUGCAUGGAGACCCUGUGAAAUAUUCAAUGGUGAAUCCGUUCCUUUUUGUUUUGGCUUAUCAGUGAGUCAUUAAUCCAUUAGCAGUAGUAUAAAGUAGGUUUUAUUUUCUUUUGUUACUACAGGUACCCACGCCAGUAGUAGACAACUCGGAAUUAGUAGUUGGUAUGUUUUUUUUCCUCAUUGCUCAGCCUUCCUUUUUUGCUAUAAAAAUCUUAUUACCAAGAUCAGUAGCAAUUACAAUAUCUCCUCAACCUUAGCAGCUACAAAGCUUGGCACAAACAAUAACAACAUGUUGAACUACAGAUCCACCAAAAAUCAUGGAUAUUUAUUGAAUUCUACAUUUUUUAGAAAUUUAUUUUUUACAACAAUGUGCAUAAUUCGGGCCGUCACGCGUUAACAUUCACAUGCAGCAAAUUAUCAUGUUGGUAACAUUUCAUGUUUAAGCAUAAUAGAUUUGAGCGGAACUAGUAUCCUUAUAAAUCAAAAUUAUUCAUAGAUUUCAGCUGUAAAGGUCAAAUUUUGUCAGAAAAAGCGGUUUUUGAGAAAAAUGAGCUUUCUUGAACCAGUGUACCAGCGUCACGCUGUACGUUUCAAUCCACGAAUUCAGCAAUGCGUCCAACAUUUCAAAAUAUAGAUUGCUUCAAAGUUAAAAUGGCCUCAAUAACUGGAAUGCUCACCUUUUCAACUGUCAAUCCUGAAAAUUUUAACCUAAUUCCCCUCUACCAUCCAGAGAACGAAGCAAAUUUCUGAUUACCAAAGACUUUAAAAUGCGCCAUGUUUACACCUGAUUUUUGCAAGGAAGGCAAAAUGCAAGCAGUCUCCACGCGCGAAGCAUGAAACUAACCUUGCUGAUUUUCUUUCAUGUGUCAUUCUCAACUCACAACGAUUGUAAAUAGCAACUUUCAUGGAAAAAUAUAAGAAAUUGUUUGCCCUAGAAGCAAUUUUCUGAAUACCAAAUGAUUUGAAACGUUUCAUGGAAGGUCUCAGGUUACAUUCACAGGGUUGUCACUAAGAUUUCAAGUUGCCGGAUAAAUACAACAAGUAGGCGGGGAAUCAAACGGCUAGGGAUUUCUUUUGGUUCUAUUUUUCUUCUAUUUUCCAAUAAAAGUAGCCGGGGGUCACUCUCUUAGUAGCUGGGGAAAAUCCCUGGCCCCCGGCUCUUAAUGACAACCCUGCAUUCAGCAACAUUGAUCUCAAAGACACGCAUCAACCACGCAAACUUUCUCCACCAUCUCACUUGCUUUAACUCGAAGGAAGGCUUCACAACGACCUUGGUAACCACCCAGAAGCUUAUUGUUAUGCAACAAAUCAAAAACACGUGAGAAAAUGUUCAGUACAUGUGUGGUUUUAGUGACAUUUUAGGGCUACAAUUGUCUGCAUAAUUUUAUUUAUUUACAUAAAAAACACAGCCAAAACAAAAAUUUAUGUCCUUACAUCUCUUUUAUUUUCAAAAGAACAUUUUUGUGAGAAAAAAUUUAGAAAAUGGACCUAAUAAUGUUAACAAACAUGAAAUGGGCGGGGCCACAAUGCAUCCUGGGUACUACAGAAAUUGCUCCGAUUAACCCUUUCGUGCGCAAGUUCCUGGGAAGGAAAAGGCCACUAAAAAUACUACCAACAAAAAAUUUAUUUCUUCGCAUCGAUCUUGAUAGUAUGAUGUGAAAAAUUGACCUAGAGUGUUUCGAAAGGGUUAAGUCAAAAUGAGCUAAAACGGGCUAAAAUGUUGUAAUUUGGUUGAAGAGGUUCAUUUUCAUUGCAAAUAAAUGAUUUUAAAUGAAUUUUGAAGUUUUUUAGAAUUUUUCAUAUUUUCUUAACAUGUUACGCAUCUGUAUAUGUGUAGUGUGCUACUGAUCUAAACAAACAUUUGACUGUGGAUGUUGUGGUUCAAUGUCAUCCUUAAGCUUGACUCUAAUUUUUUUCCCUUUGUUUGAAAGUCACUAUCAUAGACUACCAGUGUACUUAUAAACAUUAGUGAUAUUAAAAAUUUAAGGGUAAAACUGGACCACAUUAUAAUAUGAACAAGAAUGAUUUUAGAAAGACUUUUAUUUUCUUAUUCUAUUUAUGCCAUUCAUUCUCUUCCUUUAGUAUCUGGAAACAUGCGAGGGGAGUUUUUCUACCCAUGCCCAGUCACUGCAGUUCCUGUUAAUCCAUACCAGGUAAUUUUCUGAAAGAUUUCAGUGCAGCAAAAUGAUUUUGCUGGUUUUAAGUCGGUUGGUUUAAAGUGUAGGGUUUAAUUUUGAUGCCAAAAUUUCUAGUAUUGUAAAGAUUUGUUCAUGAUUGGAUGCUUUUAAGGCUGGUUUUCACUUGCGUUGGAGUCAUAAGUGGAGUCAUAAACACAACAGAAUUGGAGUCAGAAGAAUCUUAACAUUUCCAUUUUCCUCCAACUCUCCUUACGACUCCAUCUCUGGUGUUCCAGUUAUGAUCUAGUGAAAUCCAGAUUGUCUGAGUCGGAAGCAUAGGGAAAAGGAUUAAUGAUCAUGGGUCACCAUACACGUUCCCCCUAUACGCUUUGUGGUAGGUUUAGUUCUUCUGCUUCUGAUUUGGUAGAUUAGUUACUGCAGAUCACAUUUAAAGCAAGGGCAACUUAAAACCAAGGGAAGUAAUUUAUGAACGGCACACAUUUUGGUUACAAGUGUAUGUUGAACAGCUUAAAAAAUAAUUCAAACAAUAUGCUUGACCAGAAAAGCUUUUUUCAAAAGUGAUAGCUAAACCCAAGGUCUUGGAAAACUGGAAAAAGUCAUGGAAUUUGAAGACCUCAAAAUAAUAUAAACCCUGUUGUAGCUAAAGCUAAGCUGAUUGUUUCCGUUCUCUAGGCCUGCCAUCCAGUUCCUCCCACAUAUUAUGCACCCUCAGGAUAUGUUACAGGUAAUAUGCAGACUGGUAAGAUUCAACAGUUUUCAUAGCACUAGAAAAUAUUAACAUAGGCUGCUUCAUUGUUGGUGAAUAAGAGGAAUUUCCCAGAAAAAAAUAUAGUUAAAGAGAAAGUCAUGUAUUUUUUGACAAACCUAAUGACCUGGAGCUUCUAGAAAUACCUUUUGGAAUGAAUUUAAGAAUUAUGUUCACUUACAACCUGUGUAACUUUGUUUUGCAGAGUGGAAACAACCCAAUCUCCAGAUCGCUCCACCUUUUUCAGUCAAUGUGUCAUCAGGCCAUGCACAUACUGUAAGUUUAGUUUUA